UCAUGUGAGAUUAGUUGGGAGCGGCCAGGACACUGAACACUCAACACUUGCAGCCAAAUAACAUUCAAUCCCCGAGACGGCAGCGCGCGCAGUGGAAAACACUUUGAACCAGGAAGUGGAGGACUCAACAGAGAGGGGCGGACUUAACAUGGCUGCGAAAGACAGGUUUGAGAGUUUAACCGAGGAGGCAGUUUGUCCCAUCUGCCUGGAUUUCUUCACCGAUCCGGUGUCACUGGAGUGUGGGCACAACUUCUGCCGCUCCUGUAUCACACAGAGUUGGGACAGGGAAGGGAGAAACUGCUGCCCGGAAUGUAGAGAGGAAUUUACAGACCGCACCCUCAGAGUUAGUUGGGCCUUGGUUAGACUGUCUGAGAAAGCUCGAACACUGAGCCUGAAUCAGACAGAGAAGGAAAGUAAACUUCAGUGCGAGAAACAUCAGGAAGAACUGAAGCUGUUUUGUGAAACGGACAAGAAGCUGAUCUGUUUCGUUUGUGCAGCUGGGCGGGAACACAAGUCUCACAGCUUCAUGCCGAUAGAUGAAGCUGUUGAAAUCUACAAGGUUCAGGUGAAAUCUAUUUUCGAAUCUCUCACAGAAAAGGAAUCAGACAUCCAGGAAAAGGAGCAGCAACAGAAACGGAGCAUUUCUGGAGUUCAGGAAAAGUCACACAACCUUCAGUCACAUGUCACAUCCCAGUUUGCUGAACUGCACCAGAUUCUCACUGAGAAAGAGCAGCGCUUACUCGGAGAUAUCCGGGAAGAAACGGCGAAGAUUGUAAAAACAAUGGAGAAAAAUCUUCAAGAAAUUCAAGAGAAUUUAAAUUCAAUUCAGGAGGAACUCUCAAAGUUACAGGAACAGAUAGACCACAAGGAAGGCGUGAUGUUUCUGAAGGAGGAAGCUGGUCGCAAGAGCAGGGUUAGUGAUGAAACCAAAACAAUGUUGGUGGUAGAUGGCGCGUUGCCCAUUGAAAAGUUUGAUCGCACCUUUUUCUACAACAUGGCAUUGAGAGAAACAUCUGAUAUCAUCAACCGAGGUAAAACUAAUAUCUUUUCCAUUGUUCUUUUUAAGACAUCUUUCUGCAAUACUCUUCACCUCUGUGUGUGA